AUGCAACCUUUAAAAGAUCCAUUAAAUGACCGUGUUGUUAAAGAUGUGGAACCCCCUCCUCCACUACCACUGUCCAGAGAACUUUUAUUUCCUGAGGGCCUUGAGGGAAAACCUGAUUGGAAAACAUUGAAGCUACAUUUAUUGCGUGAGGGAAGAGUUCAUAAGGAUGAUGUAAUUGAGAUAAUAAGACGUGUUUCAGUUAUUACCGGGAGUGAAUCCAACUUACUACGCCUUAGAGAUCCCAUUACAGUAGUAGGAGAUGUCCAUGGUCAAUUUUAUGACUUAGUUAAAUUAUUGGACGUUGGAGGAGAUCCUGAGAAAACUCAAUAUCUUUUUCUUGGCGAUUAUGUUGAUCGUGGUUCAUUUUCUGUCGAAGUUUUACUUUUGUUAUUUUGUUUAAAACUUAAUUAUCCUGAUAGUUUCUUUAUGUUGCGUGGAAAUCACGAGUGUAGACAAAUGACGGCUUUUUUUAAUUUCAGAGAUGAAUGCGAAUAUAAAUAUGAUAUUACUAUUCAUCACUAUUUUAUGGACUCAUUUGAUACAUUUCCUAUAGCUGCUGUAGUGAAUGGAAAGUUCUUUUGUGUACAUGGAGGUCUCUCUCCUGAGUUAAAAUCUAUAGAUCAAAUUCUUUCAAUCAAUAGAUUUCAAGAGCCUCCUAGAUCUGGUUUAUAUUGUGAUAUUUUAUGGGCAGAUCCAUUUGAUGAUAAGGAUAAUACAGUAUCUUCUCCUGAGCCAUUUGUUAUAAAUGAUGUUAGAGGCUGUUCAUUUUUCUUCGCUGCACAAGCUAGUAACAAGUUUCUGGAUCAAAAUGGUCUGUUGUCUAUAGUACGAGCACAUGAAGCACAGCUUGAAGGGUUUAAAAUGCAUAAUCCAAAUAUGAAAACCAGAUUUCCUUCAGUAAUUACGAUUUUUAGUGCUCCCAACUAUUGUGACGUAUAUAACAAUAAAGGUGCAAUAUUAAAGUUUGAGAACAAUACUUUGAAUAUUCAACAAUUCAACUUUUCACCUCAUCCAUAUCAUUUACCUAACUUUCUAGAUAUUUUUUCUUGGUCUUUACCAUUUGUAUCAGAAAAAGUAACAGAGAUGUUAUAUGCAAUUCUUCAACCUGUAGCAGCUUCUACUGAUACAGAAAAUAUUGAAGAUGAAGAUGUCCCUGAAGAUGUACGAAAAGUUAUAGAUAUAUUUUGUCUAAAUGAUCAGAAUAAACUAACUGAAGACUCAACAGUAACUAGUCAUACUGUACGCCCAUCUGGUACAUCUUCCAGUAUUAGUAGGGAACGAGCAGAUACUUUGCGAAAGAAAGUUCAAAGUGUUGCAAGAAUUAUGAGAGUAUUCUCAACAAUAAGACAACAAAAUGAGCUAAUUGUUAAGUUAAAAGGUGUAACACCUGGCCAUAGAAUCCCUAUGGGAUUACUAUUAGGAGGUAAAGAUGCACUGGAAAAUGAAUUACAAAAGUUUAAUAAGGCUAAAUCUCUAGAUGCUCCUAAUGAAAGAAGACCAUCUGUUUAG